AUGCAUCUCCGCGCUGUCCACGCUGAAGCACGCAUCCCCAGGUUGCAACAAUUCGUCCGUGACAACCCCCUCGGCAUUCUGACUACAGCCAUUAAAUCUCCCAACCACCCCCUCCUCCAAUCGAGCCACAUCCCCUUCGUGCUCGACGUCCCCAAAGAGAAUGACCCCGCAAACCCCGGCGUUCUCCGCGGCCACAUUGCCAAACAAAACCCACAAGCCAAAGCCCUCAUUGAGGCAUUAGCAGCACAACAAGCUGCCGGGCAGACCACUCUCGAACUUCCAGACGAGGUCCUCGUGCUCUUCAACGGCCCGCACCACCACUAUGUCACCCCCAAGUUCUACACGGAGACCAAGCCAGCCACAGGCAAGGUCGUCCCCACGUGGAACUAUUCCGCCGUGCAGGCCUACGGCAAGAUCAGCGUGUUCUGCGACUCCAAGGCUGAGGAGACGGGCGCGUUCCUGCAGAAGCAGUUGACGGAUCUAUCGCAGCAUGCUGAGGGCUCGAUCAUGGGGUAUACCGGUGGGGAGCGGCCGAACCCCUGGGAGGUCUCUGAUGCCCCGGUGCCGUAUGUAGAACUCCUCAAGAAGAAUAUCAUCGGGGUAGAGAUCAAGCUUGAGCGGCUGGAGGGGAAGUUUAAGAUGAGUCAGGAGAUGGGGAAGGGGGAUCGGAACGGGGUCAUUGAGGGAUUUGCCAAGCUGGGGACAGAGCGCGGACAGGGCAUGGCACAGACUGUCAGGGAGAGGGGAGAAUUGAAAGAUCAAGGGAAGAAGGAUUGA